UCUCAACCCGAGUCCGAACAGUCUGCGGCUGGCUUCCAACCAGCGCUGACGCACCCGCCUUCCACAGUUUAAAAACUCUCUCUCUCUCCCUCUCGCUGACUAACAACACGAACUCUCUUUCUUCUCGUAGUUCUCGUAUCUGAUACAUAACGCAAUCAAUCAUUGGCCAUCGUCAGCAGCUGAAAGAAGAAUUCUUUUAUUUUAAAAAGAAAGAAAUUCUUUCCUUAUUGUGCAUGUGCCGCUCGUGUAUGUGAGUGUGUGUGUGUCUGCUUCGUUUUGUUUGUCCGCCCAUCUUCAGCGUAGGGUGUCUCAUUUGCCUAUACGCAAAUUGAUGACAGUGCCUCAUUGUCUUCCGUGAUUGUGUGUGUCCAGUGGCGAGUGCGUCAGCAGUGAGAGGGGAAAAGAAAAACCUGCCUUUAAAAAAGGACAAAUAUUCAAAUCUUUUUCUCUUUUGAUGGAUGGGUCUUCGAGGGUGGUUUUGAAAAAAGACGAGUCGGACCAAAAAUUAAGUCGGACCAAGCAAAGGCAGGUUCGAUCCUUGUAAGGUCACAAAAGGGAAAGCGUUUCUUGUCUCUCUCUCUCAUUUUGUUGCCGGUGAUUGCCAAAGUUAUCAGCUGCUGAUUGAAAGUUAGUGCACGGCAAAGUGAAAGUUGACUCGUCUCGGGAGCGCCGAUAAUUGCAGUAGAGGACAAAAUACACGAACAAAAUCUGCUGAUCAUUUCGUGCCUGUGUCGCUGGAUUGUAGAGCCGAAUUGUUCGGCCGGUCAUGCCGCACGGAAAUGCCGGCGGCCAGGAUCGUCAGUGCAGCAGUCCAGCGGGCCGAUUCGUUGCGAUCUGAACGUUCGGACGCAUCGCAAACCAAUAAACGCGUGUCGUUCAAUCGAGACGUUGACGUCAAGCACAUCAAUCACGCUCAACAACCGCACCAACAGCAGCAGCAGCAGCAGCAACAACAACAACAUCAAUACAUACCGAGAAUCAAAGGGCCGGCCCCUGCGCCGCCGGUCGGCAGUCACAACGUCGACAGACAUGACCUCAACACGUCGGCUGCUCCUUCAGCGUCCGUCAGCAACGCCGUGCCGCCCUUCUACAACGUCUACAAGGAGCCGACGCUGUUGAGCGAGGCCGAAUUAGCCCAGGAGGCCGAGCGUAUCAUCCAACAAGUGGAUCAAAUCAGUUGCACCGUAGCGUCGCCCAAUCCGCAUCUGUUGGCCAAUUACGAAACGCGCUCGCUCGAGCGACGCAAUCUGGCCGCCUCCAAGCGUAACAAUCAAGUUCAAGGAGACAACGGGCUCAAUUGGUCACGCACUUUACCUACAGCUUCGACUAAAAAUCAGCUGCUGAACGACGCAGGCAAGGCGGGUAGCGGUAAAAAGACCAAGAACAUCGAACAGAAGAACAACAUCCUCCAUCAGCAACAGCAACAGCAGCAACAACAACAACAAUUUGAGAAGCUCGAUCCCAUCAUCGAAUCGAGCCCGCGUCGACCUCAGCAGCUUGCGCUUGGGAUGAUGACCACCAUCUUGGACCAGCAGCAAGAACAAUAUCAACGCAACGGUAAAAGCCAUCACAACAAUCGGGACACGGCUCCUACGACUCCGCCCAAAUACGAUUCCGGAAUCGAGAUGGAAGCGACCAGCCGGCCCAACGUUAAUUUGAUUGUCCAACAGCUGACGGAAGAGUCGAGGCAGCGGGAGCUGCUCCGUCGUCAGUACCAGGAUGAGCUCAAUUUGGCCGAUGAUCCGCUGGCUCCUCGACUGCCGACCUUGAACCUGAUCGAGCCCGAUCCGCAAUUCGGAUUGACGCACAACCGAAAUUUGCCCUUUUCCUACACGGGCGGAGUUAGCCCGACUCGGACGAGUCCACUCCGCUCACCGCUGGGAGGGCCUCGUUUCACUUCGCCUCCUCCGCCCAGACCGGAAUUGCCGUCGGCCAAAACUGGCGGAGUGACCGACGUCGUUUACGCUCAAGUCAAAACAUCGGCGCAACAUCAGGGGAGGGGACAAUCGCCGUCGCCAGAACGUAACGUCUACCGCUCGUCCAACGGAGCCGGGGCGGACAAAGUGCCGGCCGGCAGAGGCAAAUUGUUUCAAUUCCAGGAGCAGCAGCAACAGAAACAGACGGAGGUCAUCCGCCAGCAUUUGGGCUACCAAAAGGGGGUCGGCGUAGCGAUCGAGCACGACGACGAGGAGGAGCCUGAAGGGCCGGUAGACGAAGAGGACCUGGACGCCAUCAAAGCCAAGGCUCGUUUCCUCUUCGGAGACGACGGCCAGGGCCAGCAGACUGAGCGAAAAUUGUCCGCAGGUAGCGGCAACAGCCGAGCGUUGGAUGCUCGCAACAACAACCGCAACAACGCCAACAAUAGUCAUGUCCAAUACAACAAUAACAACAACAACCACAACGCUUCGGGCGGUCUGUCGUUCAAGUACAGCACCUUGUUGAAGGAUCAACAACGGACGGGCGGCGGCGAGCAAGACGAUCAUCAUCCGGAUCGGAGUUACCAUCACACGACCAAGAUCCUCAUCGCUGGCAACGAGCAACAACAACAACAACAACAGCGGAAGCAAACAAGAGCGUCGGAUCAACGCGUUUUCCAGUACAGCGACGAUGAAGACGGCCCCCGUUCGGGCGGAAGAGGCGGAAUCAAAGUAUAUCAGGAUCGUUCCGUUUCGCCGGAACCUCGCAUCCAGCCGCUGACUAAUCGCAUCCGUUCGUUGCAAAUGCAACAACAACAACAACAAUCGAGGAAAAGCCCGGAACGAUCGUAUCAACAAAGAGAACCGGAAAGUCGGACGCUUCCGCUUCCGCAAAAGGCUAAUCAAAUGUCGAUGACUUCAACUCGCUUGAUCCAGGACGCGGAGCGCGGACGGACCGUGGUCCGCCAACGACCUGAGCCCGUCAUCCAUGCGUCUCGAUUGACGCAGUUCCAGAGUCGCUACGAGGACGACAUCGACGGCGAAGAAGAUUUCAUUCCGGCCGCGCCGAAACCGCCUUUGCGCAUUAAAAAACUGUCACGCGAGCGGAUGGAGGCGUCCCCACCGCGGACGACGACGCAAGCCAAGGUGGCCUUCAACACCGUCCCGUGGCGUCGCGACGAACGGAGUCCGGAGAGCAGCCCGGAAAGGAAUUAUCCAUUGCACCGGCCAGGCCAUUCCAAGAAAAUGCCAUCGCCUUACCGGUACCAACCGGCCCGCUCGUCCCUGACUCCCAGCCCGGAGCGGCGCGUUUCCGAUUCGCGUGGCUGGAACGAGCCCGAAACGAGUGCCGCCGUCCAAGCCAACAACAAAGUGAACGACGAGCCGGAGAAACAGGAGAAAAUCCGCCGUCAGCGGAGCAAGUUCUUGUCGGUUUUUCUCGGUUCGAAAGCCGGCAAGAGCGAAAAGAAAUCGGCAGCCGCUGCCGCGCAAAAGCACCAAACGCCGUCGCCUUCCGUCUUGAGUUCGCCGCCAGCACCUGCGGCCGUGAUUAAAAGCGGGCCGGCAGUCAAGCAAGUCAGAGGUCAAGCGCCGCCGCAAGUCGCUAAAUGGUCGGCGGAGGACGAGGCGGAAUUGGUUCGACAGAGUCGCUCGCUUUUGGUCAAAGGUCAAAGUCAUCAGUCGAAUCCGACGUCAGCCACCAAGACGACGACGACGGCCGCCAACAACAACAAGAACUCGACGAGUGCCACCGGUAGGCCGGUAGUCGUUAUCGAAGCGCCUUUCAGCCGCAAAAUGGCGCCGCAGCCACCUGUCACCACAGGUGAUGCCCCCGCGCUGCGCUAUCGUGUCGUCACUACGGCCAAUGGAACAAACAAAGAUGGAGGUCAUCGUCGACGCAGUUCCACUGACCGGACCGACACGUCCGAGAGCGACGGCCACGUCCACAGCCACCAGCGCAAUCAAUUCAAAAAUUUGCGCCAAAAAUCGCAGAGUUUCAACAAUUUGAAUUACCGACCGGAUCCGGUGAUCGUGUUGGGCGAGGAGCACCAGCACCCAAAUCGCGGCAAUCGCCACAACCAGGAAACUUCCGUUCAGUUCCAUUCUGGCCGUCGCUAUCAGGAAGAUGGCGGACGCUACAAGCCGCAACAGCGCGGGAUGGUGAGCGACGCCCGUCCUUACGCCAGCACCAAUUUGAUUCACCAAAUCGGAGUCGAAUCGGCCGAAUUGCGGGACCGCAACGCCGAUGAACAACGACGGGCUCCGACGGCUCCAUUGGCAAACGGGCCGUCCGAAUCGGCUCCGCCGCCUCCGGCGACAACCGCGGCCGCUGCUCAAUCUCACCGCCAGAUGCGCUACUUUGGCGACACAGACUUGGAGUCCCAACCGUCUCGCGGAGGUGGCUAUUCAUCACGCUACAUGCCCAAGGCCAAGGUGUUGCGAAGCGCCAGCUCGGCGGCCGGAAUGGGCGCUGUCCGCAGAGGUGUGUUGCAUCAGCGAGGACGACACCAACCCGUCAGCUCGGUCAACAGCUCAGAGAGCGACGGCAGCGCCAUGCAGAGCGCGGCCGGAAGCGCAGAGAGCCAGCGCUCCGUCUACUUGCACGCUACAACUGUGGCCGACAUUCCCGUCACUAGUCACGGUCGUACGGCCCAGCAACAACUGCUAGCGUCCAGGCGGCACAAAGCGCAAAGCCGGGAGGAUAUGUCCGCCCUGUCCGGCACGACGGGAUCGACGCUGAGGCGGACGCAGACCCGACAAAUAUCGCGUUCGUAUUCCGUGUUGGCGCCGUGGAAGCCGCGUCAUUACCGCGACAAGUACGAAAUCACGUACAGCAAUCAGCAACAGCCGGGCGGCGGCCAAUCAGCGCCGGCCAUGGUUGUCGGCGACGUGGGCAAACCGCCGAGGGCGCCCGUUCGGCGCCGGGAGGACGUCAUUGUCGAGUCGGAAGAUUCGGGAGAAGCGUACCGUCCAUCAGCGGCGGCGGGUCCUCCGGCCGUCGGUCAACGUCAGACUGAAGCGACAUCAUCCAGCAAAACUGGCGGCCCGUCCGUCUCUCGCUCAUCGACCAUGCCCAAAAACAGCAAACUGAUGGCCGGCUGGUUCCGCAAGAAGAAACGCUAGUCCAUCCGUCUUCCCCUUUCCAUCCAUCCGUCCGUCCUCUUUUUUAAAAACAAAGUAACACCAAACAAUUCCCCCCCUGCUGGUGCCCUCUGCCAUAUCCGAGACUAACUGAAAAACGUAAACAAAUUAUUACACAAUUAAUAAUAAUUCAAAGUGGGUUUUCAAUUUCAAACGGGAUAAAUGACGUUUUUUUUUUUAAUGUAACAUUUCAAAACAACAAAAAAAAAAUUUAAAUUCCCUAUUCCCUUGUCCGCCAUUAAUAAGAAGACAAAACGCCAAGAAGUCCGGAGUGCGCGUCUACUGGGCAUCAACUUGAAAUGUAGAAGAAGAAAAAGGGGAGAGAUGCAUCAUUUUUUUUCCUUGGGAUUUUCUGACAUGGGCGCGCUCUCAUGGCGGUUGUUCCACGAUUUUUUCUUCCUCGAUCCAGACGGGCCAAACUAUCGCCGUUGUUGCGCGUCUGUUAGGUGCUCCAGAUUCUUGCCUUCGCCCCGUGCUGCAGCAGUUCACAACAACAGCGGAUCAACGACGCAAUAAACAAGACCCUCUGACUGUUACUCGUCCCGGUUUUCUUUUUCUGUCUCUUCUAUUUUGGCAUCGUUCACCUUUUCAUCAUUCGUGUCGUCCCCAUCCAACACCCUAAGGGAAAUAUUAUUAUCAUUUUUAUUUUCAAGUUUUGAACAAGUUUUUGACGAUGUUGAGCAAUAACCAUUCCAAUAAUUGCCCGCCCGUGUGUGCCAAUUUCGCAUCAUAGUAGAGUCGUCUUCAACUGGGUAAAACAACUUUCUUUUUCUCUCUCUUCACAGAGACUAAACGUCAUCGGAAUGUCACAUCUUAGUUGACACCUUUCUUCUUUCUAGACAUAUACAUACAUUUAAAACAAAAACAUUUAAUAAUAAACUUAUUUUCAUCAUCUUUACCCAAGUCUUGUAUCGUUUUUCAGCUCCUUUUACCUCCACCUUUGAUGCCGUGUAAAAAAAUGAAACAUACCACGAGCUCAGCCUUUUCAAAUCGGAAAAUGCGAAUGAGCCCAUCCGAUCGCUGAAAUAAAAUAAUAAAAAAAAAAAAACACAAAAUAUGCGUCACGUAAUUUUAAACAAACUUUUUUAAAAGUACGAAAUGAGCAAAACUCUUCGUGCAUGUCUGUGUGAAUCGUAUGUGUACAAGAUUGGCUUUCGAUAAUGUCCUGAGAACAUUUUCUCUUUUCUUUUAUUCUUCCAAUUUUCUCUCGUUUUUGUUUUUUCACCUCUAAUCUUUUUAUUAUUGUUGUUAAUUCUUUACGAUUUCCCACAUAGCCAAACAGAAUUUGUAGUUUUUGUACAAUCGCAUGUUUUUCGUUUGCCUCCUCUUUGCCUCGUCUCCUCCUCCUCACCAUUUUGAUAUAAUACAAUAAAAGACUGAUGGUUAAACAAAA